GUUUCAUCUCUCCCCAUGUCCAAACGCCCGAUCGUCGACUAUUCCAGCUCCGAGUCCGAUGAGGAUUGCCCUGCCGAUGCUGCUGCUGCAAAACAUGAUACUCCUCAUCCCUCGGCCCUUUCCGUCGCUGCUUCUCCGGCUUCGGACUCCAAACGGAUUCGGAUCGAUGCCUCCUGUGGCAUAUCUGCUGAUGACGAGGCUCACGGAGCUGAACCCGCCGCCGCCGAGCCAUCUGAUUCGUCGUGUCCAGUUGACCACAUUGCCUGUUCGCCUGGAUCGAGUGAGCACCAAGGCCGCAUCCGAUCCGUGCCCCAUAUCGAAGGGAAUUGGGCAACGCAUGUGUUUAUCUCAGUCACCCCGACCGAUGACUUGCAACUUGAUAUCGAUGCCAUCAAUACACAUGCGAGCAACCGGUGUGGCCAGGCGUAUCACCAGUUCGAGCUGCCCCUCCACAUCAGCCUCUCUCGUGCUGUCUAUCUGAAGGUCUUCCAGAUUCCCCAGUUCGCCAGGCUGCUGGGCCAGUCCAUGAACCGACACCCAAGAUUCAAGGUCGGAUUCAACGGCAUCUCGCACUACCAGAAUGACGACAAGACUCGCUCAUUUUUGGCCCUUGAUGUCGGUGUCGGCAAAUACGAGCUUGGUUUGCUUACCCAGGAUGUCGACGCUGCGCUGAGGCAAUUUCAACAGCCGGUCUUCUAUGAACCUCCUCGGUUCCAUGCCAGCAUCGGAUGGUCGCUUGGAAGCGAACCAUCGGCCGUCAGUCCAGCGCUGGCAACGUCGCUGCGAUCUUGGUCUCGAACGCUCUGUCGCUGCUCGUUUGUCGUUGGGCAGAUCGAGUGUACAAUCGGCAACAAAUCGUUCCGCUGGCGACUGCAGCACGCCUGAUCCCGUAUCCAAAAGCCAUUCUCGCGGCGACUGCGACCCAUCCUCCAUAAUUCAUGCGUCGUUAUGGUGCCCACUAUGC